AUGGCAAAUAGAGAUAUAUACGGCGGCAACUCCAGGGCUGAUGAGAAAACUGCUUCUGAAGCACUAGCUGAGGAACUGAAUCGUAAUGAAAUAAAUAUGAAAAUGAGGUACGGCGAAAUCCGGAGGCGAGACAAGGGCGUUCCAAUCGGGUGUAAUUGCGGUGCGGUGCUUCUCGUUGCCACUUCUAAUGAUCCUACCACGAGAGGAGAACGUUAUUUCAGUUGUCCGUAUGACAUCACAGAUGGUCCCGGUCAAGGCUGCGGUUUCAGGAAGUGGUGGACUGAUGCAGUGCGCGAAGAGUUUAGGGUUAUUCAGGAGGAGAAGAAUGAGAUGAAGCAGGACUUGGAUGCAUCCAAGAAGCGCAUCGAGAUUCAAGAAGAAAUGAUCUUGUAUUUGGAAAAGAAAUAUGACGCGCUGGAGAAGAAGUUUGAGAGCUUGAACAAGUAUCUGUGA